AUGGGGCUGAAAAUCCGGGAAUAUCCGGGAAAAGUCGGGAUCGAGUUCCGGCCUUCCUUCCUCCCCUCCUGCCUCCCCGGCCCUUGCCCGCUGCCCAACCCGAACCCCCCUCUCUUCCCUCUCAAUUCCCCCUCUCAGUUCUCGGUCUAUUCCCUCUCAGUUCCCCCUCGAUUUCCCAUCUUCUCCCUCUCACUUCUCCCUCUAUUCCCUCUCAGUUCCCCCUUGAUUUCCCAUCUUUUCCCUCUCAGAUCUCCCUCUAUUCCCUCUCAGUUCUUCUUCUAUUCCCUCUCAAUUCCCCCUCGAUUUCCCAUCUUUUCCCUCUCAUUUCCCCAAUUCCCUCUCAAUUCCCCCUUAAUUUCCCAUCUUUUCCCUCUCUGUUCUCCUUCUAUUCCCUCUCAAGUCCCCCUGUUUUCCCUCUCAGUUCUUCUUCUAUUCCCUCUCAAUUCCCCCUCGAUUUCCCAUCUUUCCCCUCUCAAUUCUCCCUCGAUUUCCCAUCUUUUCCCUCUCACUUCUCCCUCUAUUCCCUCUCAGAUCUCCUUCUAUUCCCUCUCGGUUCUCCUUCUAUUCUCUCUCUAUUUCCCAUCUUUUCCCUCUCAGUUCUCCUUCUAUUCCCUCUCAAUUCCCCCUCGAUUUCCCAUCUUUUCCCUCUCACUUCUCCCUCUUUUCCCUCUCAAUUCCCCCUCGAUUUCCCAUCUUUUCCCUCUCAAUUCCCCCUCUAUUUCCCAUCUUUUCCCUCUCAGUUCCCCCUCUGUUUCCCAUCCCAGUGUCCCUCGAUGUCCCCUCUGUCCCCCCUGUCCCCCGUUCCGUGUCCCCGCAGCCGCGGGCUUGGGGGCGCCGGUUUUAAUAAAGCCGCGCAGGCCGGAGCCGGCGCCCCCCCUGGAUCCCCCCCACGGGGCCGGGCCCGCUCGGCGGGUCCCCCCCUGCAGUUGCCAAGCACCGCCCGACACCGCCGGGGCUCCGGCCCGUCCCGACAUCACACUUGGGGCUCCGCGGGCGGGGGCGGGGGGGCAAAGGCGGCGGCUUCGCUCUCGGCAAUGGACGGCAAGAGAGGGCCAUGGAUUGCCGGGAGCGAAGCCGGGGCCAGUGACGUGA